CGCACCGGGCCUCAUAGCCUUUGUGCCAUCCGGGUCUCUCGCACGAACGAUUUAGUCUGUGGCGAAGCUUCGGGGCGGCCGGUAGUGUUGAAAAGCGGAAAGUGGAGGCGCCGCUCUAGCGGCCAGGACUCUAGGCUAUGGCGGCUAGUGAUACAGAACGAGAUGGACUAGCCCCAGAAAAGACAUCCCCAGAUAGAGAUAAGAAAAAAGAGCAGUCAGAUGUAUCUGCUUCUCCUAGAGCCUCAAAACACCAUUAUUCAAGGUCACGGUCAAGGUCACGAGAAAGGAAACGAAAAUCAGAUAAUGAAGGAAGAAAGCAUAGGAGCCGGAGCAGAAGCAAAGAGCGUGCUAAUGCGCGAAGAGACUGAACUGAAGACGCUGCAGACUCAGAUAGCAAAAUAAUAAGCCUACUUCAUGAUAAGAACCAACUUCUUCUUAAAACAGGCAAGAAGACAUGAAUCCAAAGAUAAAUCCUCUAUGAAACACAAGUCUGAGGACCAUAAUGACAAAGAACAUUCUUCUGAUAAAGGAAGAGAGCGACUAAAUUCAUCUGAAAACGGUGAGGACAGACACAAACGGAAAGAAAGGAAGUCAUCCAGAGGAAGAAGUCACUCGAGAUCCAGGUCCCGCGAAAGGCGCCAUCGUAGUAGAAGCAGGGAACGAAAGAAGUCUCGAUCCAGGAGUAGGGAGAGGAAGAAAUCAAGAUCUCGAAGCAGAGACAGGAAGAAGUCACGAUCCAGAAGCAGGGAAAGAAAACGGCGGAUCAGAUCUCGCUCACGCUCAAGAUCAAGACACAGGCAUAGGACUAGAAGCAGGAGUCGGACAAGGAGUAGAAGUCGAGACAGAAAGAAGAGACUUGAAAAGCCGAGAAGAUUUAGCAGAAGUUUAAGCCGAACUCCUAGUCCACCUCCCUUCAGAGGCAGAAACACAGCAAUGGAUGCGCAAGAAGCUUUAGCUAGGAGGUUGGAAAGGGCAAAGAAAUUACAAGAACAGCGAGAAAAGGAAAUGGUUGAAAAACAAAAACAACAGGAAAUGGCUGCAGCCGCUGCCGCUACUGGAGGUUCUGUUCUUAAUGUUGCCGCCCUGUUGGCAUCAGGAACGCAAGUAACUCCUCAGAUAGCUAUGGCAGCUCAAAUGGCAGCCCUGCAGGCUAAAGCGUUGGCAGAGACCGGAAUAGCUGUUCCUAGCUACUAUAACCCAGCUGCUGUGAAUCCCAUGAAAUUUGCCGAACAAGAAAAAAAAAGGAAAAUGCUUUGGCAAGGCAAGAAAGAAGGGGAUAGAUCCCAGUCUGCUGAAAUAUGGGAAAAAUUGAAUUUUGGAAACAAGGACCAAAAUGUCAAAUUUAGGAAAUUAAUGGGUAUUAAGAGUGAAGAUGAAGCUGGAUGUAGCUCAGUUGAUGAAGAAAGUUACAAGACUUUGAAGCAGCAAGAAGAAGUAUUCCGAAAUCUAGACGCUCAGUAUGAAAUGGCAAGGUCACAGACCCACACACAGAGAGGAAUGGGCUUGGGUUUCACAUCCUCAAUGCGAGGAAUGGAUGCAGUCUGAGAAGAUCACACUUGUAAAGUUUGGGACUUCGUAGACUUCUUGUUCUGAUGUCGGGUCCUUGUUCACCAAACAGCUAGCAUUCUAGCUUGCAUGGGUGUUGCAUUGACUUUAAUUUAUUGAAAAAUACGAUUUUUUUGUAAAUAUCAGAUCAGUGAUACUGGUGUUAGUGUUGUAAUCAGGUUAAACCCACUUCCAUUAAACUUGACAGGACUAUAGAAGGACAAUAUUUUUUAGUUCAUGAAUUCUACUUUUCAAAUAUAUAAGAGCUUCAGGUGGGGUAAAAUCUCAUACAUAGAUUUUUCGUGUCCACUGUCUUGUGUACUUUUGUACUUAACCUUGUAUAGUUAUUUUCAUCUCUUGAAACAUGAAAGAAAUGUUAUGUAGGUGUACUUUAGAAGAUCUGGCCAUUUGGUAUAAAAUCCAGCACAAGUAAGCUGGGUGGUGAUGAUAAU